GGAGCCAUUGCCAUAGAAUUUUGAAUAAUUAAUUUACAUUCUUUGUUUGGAACAGUAUAACAGUAUGAUAAUAGAAGUUUGUGUAGUGAUUUGUAGUAGUGCGGAGUAAUUUCCUAUUGAAAUAACUCGAUAAAGUUCUCCAACGUCCCGUAACAAUUCCAAUUAAUGUUGCAAAUGAAACCUUGUUAUUCCAUUGCAUAUAUAAUCUAAAAUCCAUUCUCUGUGUAACAAAAGAAUGAAAACAGCUUAGAUAAAAGAAACAGCACAAGUAUGUACAUAUGUAUACAAAAAUAUACGUUUGUCAUUGUCAAAGUGAUAGUUUUAUGAAGAUUAAUCAAUACAAUAAAUUGAAAAGUAUAACUUACUGCCCUUCCGUUGUGUAUUAAUAAUAAAGGCAACCGCAGUUUCAUUUGCACUUAUUGGAAAAAAUGGAUGCUAAUAUGUCUACGGAAUCUUCAAAUCCCGCCAACCUCAAUAACUUCACAUAUCCGAUGCCGAUAAGUGCAAAUAUUAAAUUAAGUAAUGUCAACAUGUUAUCUUCUAUACCAGUGGAGUCACAAGCCAUACGGAACAUGGGAUCUUUUCCCCUUGACACAAGCUCUCAAAGCGAUGAUUCGGAACAUGAAUAUUUAGAUAACAGUAUAGAGCUCCGUGGUUACCUUAGCAAAUGGACAAAUUAUAUAUAUGGCUGGCAACCACGUUAUAUUGUUCUGAAAAAUGGUACUCUUUCUUACUACAAAUCUGAAUCGGAAUCAGAUUUUGGUUGCCGGGGAGCUAUCAGCCUCAGCAAAGCUACAAUUAAGGCACAUGAUACCGACGAACUGCGUUUCGAUGUGGUUGUUAAUAAUUACAACAAUUGGUGCUUACGAGCGGAAACGCCCGAAGAUCGCAUUCAUUGGGUCGAGGUCCUACAAAUGUAUAAGGAGGAAACAGCAAGCACAGAUACAACGUCCCUGCGGCGCCAUGGUAGCGCGAUAUCUUUGCAAUCAAACACGGUGUCUGUGGCCAGUGGUAGCAGUCUGAAAAGAGUACAAAGAAACCUAAAGGAAAAAGUAGGUGAAUUAGAGACUUUCAAGGAUAUACUUUUCGGACAGAUUGAAACUGUACAAAGGUACUUUGACGCAUGCGCCGAUCUUAACAAAGUAACAGGAAAACCUUUAGAUUUGGGCGAUGGCCUAAAGCCUAUUGAUUUUAAGGGAGAAUCAAUCACUUUUCGUGCCACAGCUUCCGGGGUAUUGACGACACUUCAACACUGCUUGGAAAUAAUUACUGAAAGUGAUGAUUUGUGGAAAAAGAAAUUGGAGAGGGAAAUGGAUAGACGAAAAAGUGCUGAAGAACAAAAUCGGAAAUACAAGGAGGAAAUAGAAAAAAUUAAACGUAUUUCGUACCCUGGCCCAGAUUUGGAGGAGGGUCCACAUUCCACGUUACCCGAAGAUGAGUUCUUUGAUGCCGUUGAAACUGGCCUGGAAAAGAUCGAAGAAGACAUGCAAAUUCGCGCAAAGUUAAAAUUGCAAUCUCAGCAAUCAUUAACGUUGGCCCACGGGCCGCAUCCACCCAACACAGAAAGAAAUAAUCCCAACUUAGAAGGAUUCGGCACUGGCGGACUGGCGAGAAAACACGAAUUAUGGCCCGAGAUCGAUCGCGUUUGUAGAGAACAGUUACAUUAUGCUCGCGAAGGAGUCGGGCAGGGAGGUAACGGUUGGCAAAUAUUUGCCGAUGAAGGUGAAAUAAAAAUGUAUAAGCGGGAAGAGGAGGUAAAUGGAUUAGUCAUGGAUCCCUUAAAAGCGUAUCACAGUGUUAAUGGUGUUACGGCACGCGAAAUGUGCCAUUACUUCUUCAUGCCCGAAUUUCGAAAUGACUGGGAAACAACGCUUGAAGACUGCACGAUAUUAGAAAAAAUAUCACCAGACACAUUCGUUUUCUUACAAACACAUAAACGGAUCUGGCCUGCCAGCCAACGUGAUGCUCUUUUUUGGUCACAUAUGCGCAAAAUUACUGAUGCCCUGGAUGAAGACGCUGAGGAUAUGUGGGUUGUUUGUAAUAACUCCACGGAUUACUCCAAACAGGAAUCAAAAAAUGGCAAGUGUGUUCGUAUAUUUUUGACGGUGAUUUUAGCUUGCCAGACGCAUUUACCACCUGGAAAAACAAAAAACGAUGAUCUUACUCGCGAUGAAUUAACAUGUAAAAUCACAUACUGCUCUGUCGUGAAUCCUGGUGGUUGGGCGCCUGCCUCCGCUUUGCGCGCUGUUUACAAGCGCGAAUAUCCCAAGUUCCUUAAACGCUUCACCGGAUACGUGAUAGAUCAGUGCAAGGACAAACCAAUAAUGUUCUGAUAUUAGCAAAUAUCCAGAACUUUUCGCGACAAAAUAAUGGAAUAAAGCUUUGAUAUCUAUUAUGGUGAUUUCCUUAAUUAAAAGUUAAUAGUAACUAAGAAUAGAUGCUGUACAAGUAGAAUAAACUGAUGUACCGUCUUGAUGUGUAAUUUUUUUUGCUACUGUUAUGCAAACUUAUUCAACACAUUUUGUUUUUUUUGCAAUACGAUUAAUAUUCAAAAGUUAAUUAAAAUUUGUUUGUUCUGUACGAAACAGAAAUAUGUAUGUAGUUCACUCAAACAUUGUUUGAUAGUUUAGUUCACGUUGGAAGUUUAAAAGCCACGAAACUAUGGGGCAAGCAAAUUGAUGUAAAUAUGAAUAAGCGAAAAAGUGUAUACUGUGAAGUGUCCAAACCAGUUAUUGUUCUUAUAGUUCAAAUGACAUAAAUGUAACUAAUCAAUCUAUAUAAAGGCAAUCAUUUUUUGUAUUAAAAUAGAGCUUUCGCUCUUAAGCUUAGAUCAUUUAUAUUUGCGGAUGACUGAACUGAAAUUGGAAAAUACAUAGAAGUAUUUAUUUUGAAUAUAUUAAUACGAUUUUUGGGAUAAUAUCGCUUCAAGAAAUUACUGAAUAAAUUAUUUUCGCACUA